AUGAAGGUUUAUUUAAUUGUGAUAUUAGCUGUGGUUCCACUUAUUUCUGGAGCACCACCUAGUCUAACGAGGAGAAGCUCUGUUACAACGCAAACAUUGGUGGAGCAAUAUGGUUAUCCAUUUGAGGAGCAUUCCGUACAAACUUCCGAUGGAUACAUUCUUGGGCUUCAUAGAAUUCCUUACUCUGGUCGAGUUGAAAGUGAUGAACCACGUCCAGUAGCUUUUCUUAUGCAUGGUCUGUUGUGCUCUUCAAGUGAUUGGGUUCUAUCAGGUCCAGAUUAUGGCUUGGCUUUUGUACUUGCCGAUGCUGGUUACGAUGUUUGGAUGGGAAAUGCUCGUGGAAAUACCUAUUCCAGAGAACAUGCCACAUAUAAUCCAUUUUUCAAGAAGUUUUGGGCCUUUGAUUGGCACGAAAUCGGCAUGUACGAUCUACCAGCAAUGAUGGACUACGUUUUGUAUUAUACAGAUGAAGAACAACUAACUUACUUUGGACAUUCUCAAGGAACAACCACAUUCUUGGUGUUGAAUUCUUUAAAUUUGAGAUUCAAUACUAAAAUAAAGUCGGCCCAUUUAUUGGCUCCUGUGGCAUUUAUGGAAAACAUGGAGGGACCAUUAGUAGAUAUGGCUGCUCUAUUACUUGGACAGCCAAAUUUCUUGCCAGAAAUUUUUGGAGAUAUGGAAUUUUUACCAAACACAAAAGCAAUGGAAAUGUUAGGAUAUUCAGCUUGUUGUGAUAAGUCUCCAUUUCAGUCGUUAUGUGCAAAUGUUAUUUUUCUGAUAACUGGCUUUGACUAUGAGAAUCUUAAUUAUACCCUUUUACCUGAAAUUACUGCAACAACACCAGCAGGAUCAUCUAUCAAUCAGAUUUAUCACUUUUUACAAGAAUACAAUUCAGGAUUUUUCCGUCAAUUUGAUUAUGGAUUUGCACGUAAUUCAUUGGCUUAUGGAAGUACAAAACCACCAAAAUAUCCAAUUGAGAAAAUAGACUUGCCAAUCUUUUUGUACUACAGUGAUAAUGAUUAUUUGUCAUCGGUGGUAGAUGUUCAUAAGCUGAUGAGAACUUUGAAGGAUACAACAUUAAGGAGAGCUUACAGAGUUGGACAUCCAAAAUGGAAUCAUUUAGAUCAUUUGUGGGGAAUGAAUAUUAGAGAAUUACUUCAUGAUGCUAUUAUGGAGGAUUUGGAAUCAAUGAAAGACUCAUAGAAAUAAAAAGUACUGCAAUUUAUAGGAUUAAGUAUGUUAGAAU